AUGAGUAAUGAGGGGAUAUUUGGUGGAGAUCUUCAUGGAUUUGAACGGGUAGUAGAGGAGGCUCUAUUAGUUUCAGGAGAGGAGAGAAUGUAUGGUGCUACAGAGAAGGAGAUUAUGAUGAGUGGAGAAUUGAUUGAGAUUGUAGUUCGUAUGGGAGUUAUUGGGAGAAUGAAUGAAUUAGGUGUUCGUAUGAGUUAUUAUGUUGAAGAGAAUGGAGAGGAAGUGGUAGAAAAUGAAUCGGCGAGGACGAGUGUGUUGCAAAGUUUGCGAUUGAUUGAAAGGACUAUUGGAAGGGUGCCGGGGGUUUUAGAAGUGAUAGUUGGGGAAAGAGAGGAUAGAAUGGUUAAAUGGUUAGUUUUGAGGAUGAUUUUGAUGUUGCGAUAUGGGGAGAAAGAUUUAGUACGCCGAGGUAUAUAUGAAGUGUAUAUUUUAAUUACAUGUUGUGGUGGAUUUUUUGCUAAAGAGGCAAUGGAUGCAAUAAAAAGUUUUGUGAAUGGGAUGGUAUGUGAUAUUAAAGGGAAUUUAGAUGAAACAUGUGAUUUGGGGGAUAAGAAGAAAUUUGAUGAUAUUCCUGGGUUUAAUAAGUUUUCAAUGAUUGAUAGAUUGGAUAUAGUGGCACAUGUGUAUGAAAUGUUAGUAUAUUGGAUACAAGAUCGAAGGGUGAUAGGGAUGAUUCCGGGAUUAUGGUCAUCUGUUUGGAUUGGAAGUAGUAUGAAUAGUUUGUGGGAAUUUUUGGAAUGUUUUUUAUCGAAAACGUUACCUAUGAAAUAUUUGAUUUGGGUUCAAAAUCCUUUGGUUGAUGAUUUGCAUGUAUGUUUUAGAAUAGCGGUUACCCUUGUUUUAUCAGGAUUUGAAAGUUUGUAUUCAAGCGAAAUUAGUCAUAAUUUGAAUAUGGCAUUGCAAGAAGCCCUUGGUGCGGGACUUAUUGGGAUUUCGAGGAUAUCAAAGCAGUUUCCUGAAUAUUUAUCUAUGAUUGUUACACGAUUGAUACCAGCUUUAGAGAGUUUUCAGAAAAGUCCUAUUAGAUUUAUGGCGACGGCAUCUGAUUUCAAGAUUUGUUAUCUUUAUACUAUUCUCAUGUUAUCUAAUACGGAAUAUUUAUAUACCGAAAUAUUUGAUAGAGUAAAUUGUUUGGCGAAAUUUCUGUUUCAAUGUUUAAACGGUCUAGAAAUUAGAUUUAGGAGUGAAUAUUUAGAGGAAAAAUAUGAUUCGAUUAUUGAGUAUAUUAAACCUAUAUGGAAUGGUUAUAUCGAAACUAAUAAUGAUAAUUUGGUGAUGGAGAAGUUAUAUCCUUCAUUAGAUCCGAUUUUUUAUAUAUCUCGACGCAUGUCAAAGGCUUUUCCUCAAUUUUUUGGAAGGAUUGAUAAUAUUUAUGAAGAAAUUCUACGUUUUCUUUUUGACACAAAUUUGGAUGUACUACAAUAUAGAGUUAUUUUUGAAUGCAUUGGUUUAUUAAGCUGUGGAGCGUCUGGAAGUUUAACUGUGUUCAGAUUGGACUGUAAUGAAGAUUUUUCUCUUCUUUGUAAUAUAUGUGAUUUUCCAAAAUCAUCUGCUAAAAUUUUGGAUUCUUUUGAAAUUGCUAUUUGCUCUAAAUUGAUAGAAUCUUGUUUGAAUUUAGAAUGGUUUGUGAAUUCUGGUAUGCUUAGAAUUAUUGCUAUGAAGGCUUUGGGUAGAAUUAUUAGACACUCAACUAUUGAGUCAGAAAUACGAUUAUCAAAUUCAGUUCUUGGAAAUUGGUGUAUACAAUCACUUCAGAGCUCUUCACGUGGACUUAGAAUAGAAUCUGGAUAUACAUUAUGCUGUUAUUAUAAUAAAAAAAAAUCUGAUGAUCCUAAUAAUGAAAUAGUUUUAGAAAAUAGACGAUAUAUUUUCGAUGUUUUGAAAAGAAUGACUGUAAAUAAUGAAAAAAUAUACAUGGAAUCUGUUAUAUUAUUUUGGGCAGAACUUGCCAAGAUUUCAGAAGAUGAAGAACUUAAUUUAAUUUUAAUAUUACUUAUAGAAUAUUUAGGUCAAAGCAACUUAUUUAUUCAAGCACUUAUUUUUCAAGAGAUUCAUUCUAUUUCUGAUGCUCAUAAUGUAACACCUUUGCAGCUUUUUUCGCCGUAUUGGAGCACUGUUAGUAUUGCAAUUGUAAAACAGAUGCAAGUUCAACCUCAAAUUAUACAAAUAUUUUCUACUAUCUUGGGAAUAUCAUUAUCAGACUUUCUUUCUCGUACUGAAUCAUAUACUCUUCCUUACCUUAUUGUAUCAAAAAGAAAGGAUAUUAUUGAGCAAAUUGCUUCUUUUUUGCAAAAAGAUGUUUCAACUCUCUGUUUAGAUAAUAUGUCCUAUAUUUUAGCGACACUUUUAACGCAAGAUGUUGCAUAUGUUGAAAGUGCGGCUAUGCUUUUGCUUUCUUUGGCUUCCUCCGAUUUUAAAAAGGUAGAUUUAUCAGGUCUUGUCCGCUCAGAGCCUAUAUUAAUUGCUGUUCAAUUGUUACAAAUGUUUUCUGAUGACUUUGAUAAGAAACGUUCGAGGAUUUUAAGAGCUCUUGAAAUUGUUUCUGCGAUUGUUUGUAAAAUUCCCCUUGAUCAUAUUUAUUCGAAUACUUUCGAUUCUAAAGAUGUCCUUGCGCAAUUUUUUUCUCGAUAUACAUUGGGGAUAGUAGCGCACUUUGCUGAUCUUAUAAAUGAUGUAAAAGGUGUUAAUUCUGUUCGUGAAAAAUUGCGUUAUUUGGUUGGCAUUGAAGAAUUGGUAAAAUUGGCUGGCAGUUUCAUAACUAGUGCAAUUCCACAACUUUCUGCUUGUCUUCAAUCUGCCUUGUUAGAUCCUUUAUUAAGAAAAGCCUCUUUAUGUUCAUGGUCAACACUUGUAAAUAAUUUGAAUGAUUUCGAUCUCUCUGGUUUAUUGGGACAAACGUUUUCACUGUUUCUAAGUUAUUGGAAUGAAUGUUUAAGUGCAGAGAAACAAUUGAUCCGUGAUCUUUUUUGGUCCUUAAUUAAUAAUCGUAAAAAUGUUAUUGAAGAAUCUAUCACAAGUAUACCAAGCUUAAAAGCAAUAAAGGAGCUAGAUGAUAUUGAAAUGAAAUUAUCAGAGUUUAGAAAAUCUGAAUCAUUUAGUGAUUACUUGAAAAAUAUUGCUCAAAGAUGUGUAGAUGAUAGUGAAAUUGUUUGUUAUCAAGGGUUAUUGGAGCUUCGUAAAUGUUUAUAUGAAAACCAAUUGAGCCUUCAUUCUUUGAUAUUAAAAGAAAGAACCGAACAGGUUAUUGAAUAUAUUAUUAGAGCUUUGUUAGAUCUUUGUCAAAAGUAUAGAGAAAUAAAUAAAGAUAUUGUUAUACUUUCUGCAGAAUGUCUUGGUGCUGUUGGUGCUGUAGAUCCUUUGAGAGUAGAUGCGAAGAAAAAGAAAAAAGAAUUAGUUGUUCUUUAUAAUUUUGAAGAUAUGGAUGAGAAUAUUACCUUCGUUUCAUCAUUUAUUCAGGAACAACUUGUUGGUGCAUUCCGAUUUGCGACUGAUACUCGAGCUCAAGGAUUUUUGGCGUAUGUAAUGCAAGAAUUGUUGAAAUUUUGUGGAUUUACUGCUUCUAAUAUUAUGAAUACUAAUCAAUCUUCACUUGAAACAUUUAAAAGAUGGUCAUAUUUUUCUGUUGGCUCAAAGCAAACUCUUGUACCUUUGUUAAAUUCCAAAUAUUUUGUUAAUCAGAUUCAGUUAAAUACUGCCUUGGUUUAUCCAAUAUAUUCUGCUGCAAAAACUUAUAAAAUUUGGUUGCAGAGCUUUUCUUUAGAAAUAUUUAAAAGCGUUGAAGGGGAUAAUGCUAAAAAGAUUUUCUCUAUUUGUUCUUAUAUAAUUAAAAACCAGGAUUUAAAUAUAACUAAUUUUUUAUUGCCAUUUGCUCUCUUGAAUGUAAUAUUAACAGGAACAGAAUCUCUAAAAAACAUGGUGGCAAAUGAGCUGUUAGACGUGUUAAAAGACGGGGAAUCUGAAAAGACAGAUCAUGUUCAGGUUGAAAAAGCUCAAUUGGCAUGUCAGACAGUGUUCUCAAUAAUUGAUUAUUUUAAUACAUGGCUUCGUCGGAAAAGAAGCUUUAAUAGUAACUUUAAGGCUGCUGUGGCUAGGAAGGCAAAUAGAUAUAUGGUUGUUGAUGAUGUUGUUGAUAAUGACCCACUUAUUAAGAAAGUGGAAUCUUUACUUUUGGUUAUACCAUCAGACCUUAUAGGUCGUGCGUCAUACAAUUGCGGAUCGUAUGCACGAGCUGUAUUUCAUUGGGAACAGUAUAUUCGUCAGGAACGAAAUAAUGGUUUAGAUAAUAAAGGUCUCAGACCUCUAUAUAAAAAAUUGCAACAAAUGUAUAUUGAUUUGGAUGAUCCAGACACAAUUGAAGGAAUUUCAUCUAAAUUUCAUACUUUUGAUUUAGAUCAGCAAAUUUUAAUUCACGAAAGUGCAGGUCGCUGGGCAGCUGCUCAAACAUGUUAUGAGUUAUCUUUAGAUCGAAAAAAUCCAAAGUUUGAGUUAUUAAAUGGUUUAUUGAAUUGUCUAAAAAGACAGGGUCGUUAUGAAACAUUAUUAACGGAAAUUGAUAGUCUUAUUUCUUGUAAUUCGAAUUUUACUAAUAAGUUAAUAAAUCUUGGUGCCGAGGUUGCUUGGCAGUUUGAAAAAUGGGAUAUUUUGGAGAAAUAUUUGAGCAUUACUGAUUCUAAAUUAUUUGAUAUUGGUCUUGGAAAAGCAUUGUUGUUGUUAAAAAGUAAAAAUUAUAUGGAUUAUCGUAGCUGUAUAGUGGAAUUGCGUACACAGUUGGCAAUCUCUUUAGGAUCAAGUAAUAUUGAUUCUACAUGGCAAUGUUAUGAUAUAUUAUUUAAACUGCAUAUGUUGUUUGAACUGGAAUAUCUUUAUGAUUCUUUUAAAGACGAUAGUAAUGAUAUAAGCCUUUUUAUGGAUAGAAUUGAUCAAAGAUUGCAAAUUAUGGCAGCUUCAUUUGAAUAUAGAUCUUCUAUUUUAUCUUUGAGACGAAUAAUUUUGGAUAUAUUAAGUUCAUUUAAGGGGAUUGAUGUUAAUGAUGAAGUGGCUAAAAUAUGGCUUAAAAUAGCGAAGCUUGCGAGGAAAUCUGAUUAUUCACAACAGUCUUAUAAUUCGAUAUUAAUAGCUGAAAGCAAGGGGUUUCCUUUAGCAAGCGUAGAACAUGCAAGAUGGUGGUGGAAACAAGGAGAGCAUAGAAAAGCCGUUGAAAGUUUGGAGAAUGCUUUUGCUGCAGGAAUUUUUGAUUUUCCUGAGAAUUGUGUUUCUGAUAUAAAAAAAUCUGACAAAUUCUUUGACAAGUAUUCUUCUAUGAAAUCUAAAGCAUAUAUUACUGGAAAGGCUUCUCUACUUCUUGCUAAAUGGAAGGAUACAGGAGGACAAAGUAAUGCACGUAUAUUAAUACAAAAAUAUCAAGAAGUAGUUAAAAAGCAUAAUAAAUGGGAAAAAGGCCAUUAUUAUCUUGGACGUUAUUAUAAUAGAUUAUAUGAUGAAGAAGCGAAACGUCCGCCAAAUAUGCAGAGUGCAAAUUUUUUGGAAGGAGAAUGGACUCGACUUAUUUGUCUUAAUUAUGGACGAGCCCUCCAUUAUGGAAGCAAAUAUAUUUAUCAAACAAUGCCCAAGUUUCUUACACUUUGGUUAGAUUUUGGAAAUAAUGUUAAUAAAAUAUUUUUUGAUUUUGGGACCAAGGAAUUUCAGGAGAAUCUUCUUGAAGCAAGAAAUACUCGAUUGAAAUUAAUAAAUGAAUGUGUUAAAAAGUAUGCAAAACGAUUGCCGGCAUAUUUGUUUUUGACAUGCUUUUCUCAAUUGAUUUCCAGAAUAACACAUUCUAAUCCAUCUGUUUUUUCUAUAUUAGAAAUGAUAAUUGUUUCUGUUAUCUCAACGUAUCCUAAGCAGUCUCUGUGGUAUAUUUUCUCUGUAUCUAAAUCUCGUUCAAAAAUACGUUCUGAACGUGGAAAUAUCAUUCUUCAGAAAUUGAUGACUGAUGAUAAGAAUUCUUCUGUAAAUAUGAAAAAAUUGAUAAAUCAGACACAAUUAUUAGUGAGUCAAUUUAUCCGGCUAUGUAAUGCAGAAAUAACGAGCAAAAAAACUAUACAAAGCCUUUCAAAAGAUUUUAGAUUUUCAUCUUCUGUUGUACCAAUAGAUAUUGUUGUUCCUAUUCAAUCGGUUUUGGUAAUUACUUUACCAUCUUCUCCUGCUGCUAUUAAGUAUCAUGUACCAUUUUCUGAUGAUCAGCCAUGUUUGCAUGGUUUUUUGGAUGAAGUAGAUAUAAUGAAUUCUUUGCAAAAACCUCGUAAAAUUACUAUUAUUGGUAGUGAUGGUCGAUAUUAUUCAUUUCUCUGUAAACCAAAAGAUGAUUUACGUAAAGAUGCGCGGUUAAUGGAAUUUAAUACUAUGAUUAAUAGGCUUUUGAGAAUAGAUAAUGAAUCUAGAAAAAGACAAUUGCAUAUUAGAACGUAUAGUGUCAUACCUUUUAAUGAAGAAUGUGGUCUUAUUGAGUGGGUUAGUCAUAUGAGGCCUUUAAGAGAUAUUGUAUUAAAAGCAUAUAAACAAAAAAAUAUACCUAUUAAUUACUCGGAAGUUCGUGCAAUAUUAGAUAUGGCUUCUUCAAGUUCAAAUCCUGGUUUAAUAUUUACUGAAAAAUUGUUAUCUAAAUUUCCUUCAGUAUUUCAUGAAUGGUUUUUAGAAACAUUUCCUUCACCAAUAACUUGGAGAGCAAGUCGUUUGAAUUAUGCAAGAACUUUGGCUGUUAUGUCUAUGGUUGGUUAUGUUUUAGGACUUGGAGAUCGUCAUGGAGAGAACAUAUUGUUUGAUGAAAAUAAUGGCGAUUCUUUCCAUGUAGAUUUUAAUUGUCUUUUUGAGAAGGGGCUUACAUUUGAAAAGCCUGAGAGGGUUCCCUUUAGACUGACUCAUAAUAUGGUGGAUGCUUUAGGUGUAAUAGGUUAUGAUGGAGUUUUUAGAAAAUCAUGUGAGGUUACAAUGCGAAUAUUAAGAUCAAAUCAAGAAUCAUUAACAAGUGUUUUGGAAACUUUUAUUCAUGAUCCACUUUUAGAAUGGGAUAAAAAAAAAAGGAACAUUUCUUCUGAUACCAAUAUAAAUACGGAAAAUGUUGAAGCAAAAAAAGUAUUAGAUUCAAUUAAACGGAAAUUAGAUGGAUAUAUAACAGCUGAAGUUACUCCUUUGUCUAUUGAAGGCCAAGUAGAUGAACUUAUCUUGCAAGCAGUUAACCCUGGGUUACUUGCUUUGAUGUAUAUAGGGUAA